AUGGCUCGCAGGCAAUUCUUCGUUGGUGGUAAUUGGAAAUCUAAUGGAACUCAAGCUUCAGUCAGAGAACUAUGUGAGCAAGUUUUAAAUUCUACAAGUAUUGAUUUUUCAAGAGUGCAAGUUGUGGUUGCUCCUGCAUUUAUAUUUUUACAAUUUGCAAGGUCACUUCUCAGGCCUAACAUCGCAGUAUCUGCUCAGAACUGCAGCUUAACUGGAUCCGGGCCAUUUACAGGAGAAGUUGCAGUCGAGCACAUUGUUGAUUUGGGUCUUAACUGGACAAUAUUAGGACAUUCAGAAAGAAGAAAUCUAUAUGGAGAAACUGACGAUAUAGUUUCUAACUCUCCUAUCCUAUCCUUGAAAUUAGAGUAAAAUAUAAGUAAAAUUUUGAAUACUCAAACCCUCUUUAGAUUUGAACUAUUUUUUUCAUUAGGAGAAUUUUAUAGAUGAAAAUUUAAAGAGAAGUAAGAAGGUAAAUAGAGCUUUAGCUCAUGGGCUGAGUGUUAUUGCUUGCUUUGGGGAAAAUCUACAAGAAAGAAAAUCUGGAAUUACUCUUGAUGUCGUUGCUAGGCAGCUAGACUCUUUAAAAAAAGGGAUUAUUGAUUGAAAUAAAGUAGUUUUAGCAUAUGAGCCUGUAUGGGCUAUUGGGACAGGGAUAAAUGCAACGCCUGAGCAAGCACAAGAAGUACAUGCAAUGAUAAGAAACUGGCUAAGCACCAAUGUGAGUGCUGAGGUUGCUGAGCGCACAAGAGUCAUUUAUGGGGGGUCUGUGACUGAUCAAAAUGCAGCACAAUUGAUUUCCAAAAAUGAUGUUGAUGGAUUUCUUGUAGGAGGUGCUUCAUUGAAGCCUGCCUUUAGAGUGAUCUUGGAAGUGACUAACACUCAGCAUUUGAAUCAAUUCCCUUAUCCUUGCAUUUAA